UCAGACACUUUGGAUCACACAUCCGACUCCUCAAGGUGUAGAUAUGUUUGAUAACUCUCACUAUCCCUUCAACUGUUUCAACUACGAUGGAGACGGAUACCCUUCCUCUAGCACUGACGAAGAGAAGAAAAUGUGCAGACCCGCGUACAGCUACAUAGCUCUGAUAGCCAUGGCCAUCCAGCAGAGCCCCGAGCAGCGGGUCACUCUGUCGGGCAUCUAUGAGUUCAUCAUGAAGAGAUUUCCUUACUACCGCUCCAACCAGAGAGCCUGGCAGAACUCCAUCCGACACAACCUGUCUCUCAACAGCUGCUUCAUCAAGGUUCCUCGGACAGAGGGCAAUGAGAAGGGAAAGGGAAACUACUGGACUUUUGCCACCGGCUGUGAAUCCAUGCUUGACCUGUUUGAAAAUGGCAACUUCCGGCGUCGCAGGCGCAGGAGGAACAUGAAAAUCGGGUUCCGUGAUUCAGGAGAAACCCCUUUCCACCCCUUGGAGAGCCACAGCAAUCAGCGCGUACCCACAGCUCGCCACCCCGAACCCGACUCCACCCUGUGCCCUUUGAACCCUGAGAGGCCGAGGCCGGGCCCCCAGCAAAACCACCUCAUCCCAAACCCCGGCCAGCAGGGGAAACCGGAGUCAGAGAUCAAGUUUAGCAUUGACUACAUCCUAUCCACGCCGGAUCCACCCCUUCCUGGGUUCAGAUCCUCCCACGGCUCCGUUCACAUAGGGCCAACGGGGCCGCCUGUACAUGUUCUGGAGCCCCAACAUCUGAACCUGCACUUCUGGACUCUGUAAGGAGGAGAGAAAAGCAGAGACUGAAUAUAUUCUUUCAUUGUCGUCUGUGUCCAAAACUGGGAAGUACUAUGAGGACAUCCAAAGACAGAAGAGAAACCCCACAAGAGGAAUUUUACUGACUUGAAAAUGUAAAUGAGGAACAAAGUAUAGAGGUACAGAAUUGUGUGAUGGGUUCUAGAUAAAGAAAAAGUCACUAAAAGAAAGAAUUGUGCUGUCUAAGAAUUCAUCCAAAAGAUAGCAAAAAAGCAUUCAUAUUGUCAUUAUACUGUAUGUGCAGUGUCCAGUGCUGACAUA